CCUGUGCUCCUCCUGCUCGUACUGGAUGUCUCGGAAUGCGCGGCGCAGGUUUCGCCCGGGGUCCGCGCGGCUAGCGGCGGCAGCGGGAGCGCGUGUGACCGGAGAGGAGCGCGUGUGGAGCCGUGCGCGUGUGGAGGAGCGCGCGGAGGUGCUGAGGCCAAGCAGUGAAUAGUGGAUCUGUUCUCAGGACUCUGAAGUGAAGUGGAUUGAAAAAGAAGAAGAGGAAGAAGAAGAAGAAGAAAAGACACACACUGUCCUGGACCGGAGUGAAAUAUCGACACGUUGGAAAAGACAAGCGGCACAGCUCUGAACCGGCCAAUCGGUGCAGCUGAUCCUAUUUUACUGUCUCAGGUGGGGUCAGUGCGCUGUCGGUACAUCUGGACCCUGAUAGAGGGAGCAUCGACGUCCUCCGUACACCUCCACUUUCUCUUUUACAUCCAUCUUUCUCUGUCUCUGUUUUAUUCCCAUAUAUCUCUUACUCACAUGGGCGUGACAUAGAGCCCAGUCCAGCUCUGACCCACCCACACACACACACAUACAUACAUACAUACAUACACACCUGUACAUUAGCUUUAGCCCAGGCGCUAGCUCGGGCACGCCCCCACCGCUGGUUCAAGAUGAUGCCCUCCUCCUCCCGCACGAUUGGCUGGGGAAGGAAGUGGCCUUGGUGGUGAUUGGCUGAGGGACGGGCGCUGGACCCAUGUCGUGGAAGCGGAACUACUUUGCUUCAGGCAGCAGCGGGCUCCAGGGGAUGUUCACCCCGCGCACCAUGACCUCCAUCGCUCCCAGCAAAGGGCUGAGCAACGAGCCGGGCCAGAACAGCUGCUUCCUCAACAGCGCACUGCAGGUACUUUGGCAUCUUGACAUCUUCCGCAGAAGCUUCCGCCAACUGACCACACAUAAGUGCAUGGAGGACUCGUGCAUCUUCUGUGCUCUGAAGAGCAUCUUCGCUCAGUUCCAGUUCAGCAGUGAGAAGGUUCUGCCGUCGGAUGCUCUCCGCAGCGCUCUCGCCAAAACCUUCCAGGACGAGCAGCGCUUCCAGCUGGGCAUCAUGGACGAUGCCGCCGAGUGCUUCGAGAAUCUCCUGAUGCGCAUCCACUUCCACAUCUCAGACGAGACUAAAGAGGACAUCUGCACCGCCAAGCACUGCAUCCCUCACCAGAAGUUCGCCAUGACGCUGUUCGAGCAGUGUGUGUGCAACAGCUGUGGAGCAACAUCAGACCCUCUCCCCUUCAUUCAGAUGGUGCACUACAUCUCCACCACCUCUCUCUGUAACCAGGCCGUGCGGAUGCUGGAGUGCAGAGAGAAGCCCACGCCGGACAUGUUCGGGGAGCUUCUCCGCAAUGCCAGCACCAUGGGGGACCUGCGCAACUGCCCGAGUAAUUGUGGGGAAAUGUUGCGUAUCCGCAGAGUCCUGAUGAACUCUCCUGAAAUCAUCAGUAUUGGUCUGGUUUGGGACUCGGAUCACUCAGACCUCGCAGAGGACGUCAUCCACAGCCUGGGAACCUGCCUGCGCCUGGGGGAUCUCUUCUACAGAGUGACGGACGACCGCGCCAAGCAAUCAGAGCUCUACCUGGUGGGCAUGGUGUGCUACUACGGCAAACACUACUCCACCUUCUUCUUCCAGACCAAGAUACGCAAGUGGAUGUACUUUGAUGAUGCGCACGUCAAAGAGAUUGGACCCAAGUGGAAGGACGUGGUGUCACGCUGUAUAAAGGGCCACUACCAGCCGCUGCUGCUGCUGUAUGCUGACCCCCGGGGGACGCCUGUGUCAUCGCAGGACGUGCCCUCGGCUCAGCUGGACCUGCACCACUGCAGCAAGGCUGGAUACGACAGCGAAGACUCCGGGAGGGAGCCGUCCAUCUCCAGCGACACCCGCACAGAUUCCUCCACAGACAGCUACAGUUACAAGCACUCGCGGUCGCACCACGAGUCCAUGGCCUCCCACUUCUCCUCCGACUCUCAGGGAACCGUGGUGUGUAAUCAGGACAGCAGUGGCUCUCAGAACAGCAUGGACUCUGCAGGCGAGGUCCUAAAGGAGCCGCCCACCCCUCUGUCCACGCCGCGGCCCUCCUCCACGAGCCGGCUGCAGGACUAUAAGGAAACCGUGAGCAUCAUGAUCCACAGCCGCCCGCUCUCCUCCUCCUCCAGCUCGGGGGUGGGGGGGUCGGAGGCCGGGGCGCGGGCGAGGGACUGGGAGGACGAGAGCACCAGCAGCGAGUCCAAAUCCAGCUCCAGCGGGGGGCGCUACCGGCCGUCGUGGAGGCCCCGGAGAGAGGCGCUGAACAUCGACAGCAUCUUCAGCAGGGAGAGGCAGCGGGUGGGGCCGGGGGCCGGGCCGGGGGGCUACGGCUGUCUGGGCGCCUCCCCGCUGCCGGAGGACACGGCGGCUCAGGGGCUCGGGGAGUGUGCCACAGGGACGACGGGGGUGGAGGACCCCACGGCGGGGCAGGUGGGGAACGUUGGGGGUGGGACUAAUCUGGGGGUGGGGCGUCUGGCUGCUCCGCCCCCUCUAAGAGGCGUGGAUCAGCAGCCGCGGCUGAUCCAGAGGAUGGAGAGCGGCUAUGAGAGCAGCGAGAGGAACAGUAACAGCCCCAUCAGUAUGGACAUGCCCCUCAACGACAACCCCAACACCAGUGCACCCAGGGAGGCUUGUGGUAAGAAGGCCUUGACUUCCGGGCCGUCUUGGCGCACAGUGCCAAAGUCCAAGAGCAGUAGUGCCAUCCUGCAGGACCUGCGAUCCCCGACAUGGAGCAGCAGCCCUACGAGCAUGGGGGAGGGCCGCAGCGAGCUGGAUGAGCUGCAGGAGGAGGUGGCCCGCAGAGCCAGACAGCAGGAGCUCCAGAGGAAGAAGGAGAAGGAGAGAGAAGCAGCCAUGGGCUUCAACCCCAAACCCAGCAAAUUCAUGGACCUGGAUGAACUUCAGCACCAGGGGAAAGGGGGCAGUUUUGAGCGCUGCCUGGCUGAGGCGGACGCUCUGUUAGAGCAGUCGCUGCGCCUGGAGCAGGCUGGAGACCCAGCCGCCGCCCUGGCGCUCUCGCACCACGCUGUGUCUAAACUAAGAUUUUCCAUGCAUGAGGGCAGUGCUAACACUCAUAGCAGGACUAUGGCUGCUGACGCCAAGCUGCAAAAAUGCAUGAGGAGAGCGCGGGGCCUACAGCAGCGCAUGCAGCAACAGCCAGAGCAGCCACAGGAGCCCAGCCGCCCACAGGGGCCUUCCAGUGAACAGCCUGGCCCGGUCCAAGUACUGCUGACAGACAAUCCGGAAGAGGUGUGGGAAGCCAGUCAGGAUGCUGCCCUUUGCCCGCCACCUUCAGUCCAGCCGCCCCCGUCUAAUUUGCUGUCCGCUUUGAAUUGCCCAUCGCUUGGCGGCCCCCACCCUUCUGCACCUCGCCCGCCGCGCCCUCAAGAACCCACCACUCAAGGAGGCGAUUGGCUGUCGCAGAACGAGGAGGAAUGGGGAGGCAUUCGACUGUCGGAUGUUCUUCAGGCCUCAGGAGUGCGGAUCCGCCCCAUCCGGAAGCACCUGGCCAUCUCCCUGCCCUCUCUUCCCCUGGAUUUCUGGGGGGUGCUGGGCGAGGACAGAGAGACGUCUCAGCCGCAACGUCCGCAAUGUCCCCCACGUCCACCCUCUCCCUCCUCUACCUCCUCUACCUCUGUCCCUACCCAACCUCAUUGGAGGAGCACAUCCCACAGCCCAGACUGGAGCUCCCAUCCAAGUGCCACGCCCAGCCCACAGCCUGAUUCAGACCAGGAGCAUCCCAGAGGACCGCUAUGGCAGCCCCUACGCAACUCCAGACAGGCUCCUGCCGCUGCCCGCCAGUGGUCUUCCUGGAGCCUGGACCGCCCGGAUGCUGUGGUCAGCCCCCACGACACGCCCCCCGACCACAGCCACCUCGUCACUCCCACCGUCUCCCCGCACUCUUCUGGAUGGCACAUCCCCCCACGCAGCCCCCCACUGAGGAGCACCAGGAGCCUCCCCAAGCACCACAUCAUCCCCAAGCGAGACCCCAACCUGGAGGCAGAGGACCAGGAGCUUUCUGAGCUGGACUCCCUGUACCAGGCCAGUCUGCAGGCGGGCUCCGGUCCAAACCGAGCCCUGCAGAGGUCCAGCUCUCCGGCCUCGGGGAAACCAGUUCCUCCUCCUGCUGCUGCGCGGAAGCUGCUCUCUGGGGUGGGACGCUCGCGGACCCCUACGGCUGAGCUGGAGAGAACCGCAUUCGGUCCACCGGGCUGUUGCAGUCACACUGCACACCUGAACAUGCCGUUCUCAGUAGCAGAUCAGGGGCUGCAGGAGCAGUACGACGCUGACCAUCUGCGCCACAUCGCUCGUAGCCUGAGCGGGACCACCAUUGGACGACGGCAGGGCCGCCUCGCUGUCUCUCGCAGCUUUCCCAUCAUCACGCCCUCCACCCCCUCCAUCUCCAUCCUCCUGCCUCUGCAGCGCCGCCUCAGCAGCAGCCUGGGCUUUGUGUGGAUGUCCCAGGUAAAGCUGACCCAUCUCUCCACCUCCAUGAGCUUCUCGAGCUUCAGUAGCAGUGAAAGCUCUUCAUUUAUCCCUCGUGCUGCUUUCUGCUCUCCAGUGUUCAUGUUGUUGCUUUGAGUCUGAGUGCUGGUGGUUUUAUACUAGUGCUGGUUGGUAUGUGGUCUGUACUGGUUUACUGUCAUUAGUGCAAUCCAGACUGUCCUCAUACAGAGUUCCCCAAUGGUGGAACAAACUACCUUCCACUACCAGAUCAGGAGAAUCUCUCACUGUCUUUAAUAAACUCCUGAAGACAGAGCUCUUCACAGAGCACUUACUCUCCUAACACCUCUAACUAACUACCUUCUACUACCAGAUCAGGAGAAUCUCUCACUAUCUUUAAUAAACUCCUGAAGACAGAGCUCUUCAAAGAGCUCUUACUCUCCUAACACCUCUAACUAACUACCUUCUACUACCAGAUCAGGAGAAUCUCUCACUAUCUUUAAUAAACUCCUGAAGACAGAGCUCUUCAAAUAGCACUUACUCUCCUAACACCUCUAACUAACUACCUUCUACUACCAG